AUGGCUGACAUUAUCAACAAAGCCCGGAUCAGACAACGUGCUGUUGUCAUCACCUUACUUGAUCUGAAGAAUGCUUUCGGCGAAGUCAAUCAUAAUCUCAUCCAAUCAGUACUCGACUACCACCACAUCCCAGAACACAUAAAAUUCGUUAUAAAAAGUUUAUACACUGAGUUCCAAACCUCAAUAAUUACCUCGGAAUUCCGCACCCCUUUUAUAUCUGUUGGCCGUGGCGUAUUGCAAGGAGAUUGCCUCAGUCCUCUUCUUUUCAAUAUGUGCUUCAAUACUUUUAUCCAACAUACCAAAGCUGAAAAGUACCGUCAGUUUGGCUUCUCCUUCAAGCUAUUAAAUCCUAUCCACUGGUUCCAAUUCGCUGAUGACGCAGCCGUAAUCACUGGCCAAGAAUCUGAAAACCAGCAUCUCCUAAAUCGUUUUUCCAUCUGGUGCCAAUGGUCCAAUAUGAUUAUCAGAGUCGAUAAAUGUAGUGCCUUUGGCAUCAAGAAAGCCAUCACAAAAUCAGUCCAAUAUUUGCCGAAACUCAUCAUCAGCAAUAAUCUGAUACCAACAGUAAAGAUUGGAGAAGCAUUUCAAUAUUUAGGACGUUACUUUGAUUUUAACAUGUCGAACAAUAACCAUAAGACUGAACUAACCACUCUCGUUAACGAACUAAUGACUGAUAUUGACUCGAAGCCACUCCACCCAAGAAAUAAGCUUCUCGUAUACAGUCGUUAUGUCUUAUCCAAAAUAUCGUGGCAUUUCACCAUCGCAACACUUCCUAAAACAUGGGUUAUUGAAAAUAUUGAUCCCGUAGUCAACCAGUACAUCCGUAAAUGGCUUGAAAUUCCAAUCUCAGGAACACUAAGUACUGUUUUUCUAACUCGCAACAAAUUUGGUCAAAGUAUUUAUCCUCCAUCGGUGAAAUUUAUCCAAUGCCAAACAGUUCUUCGAAAAGCUUUAAAACUUUCUCCAAAUCAAUCAAUCAACGAACUGUGGAAAUCUACUAAUACUCAUACUAAUAUCCAAUACGACUUUUAUAACUCAACCAAAGAAGUGCUUAAAGACUUUCGGUCUGAACAUGAAGAUAAACUCCAAAAUCAAUUAACUUGUCAGGGAUCCUUUUUCUCUAGUGUAACAAAGUUCUCCUUGUCGCAUCUUAGCAAAGUGUGGUCUACUGCUCAAUCAAAACUUCCGAAAAACAUUUAUAACUUUACCAUACGCUAUAUCAAUAACUCUCUUCCGACACGCAAGAACCUUAGCAGAUGGGGAUUGUCUUCAAGUUCAGAAUGCUCCUUUUGUCUUGGCCCAGAAUCAUUAUUGCACGUGGUCGCUGGAUGUCAGUGUUAUCUCGAUCGAUUUACGUGGAGACACAAUUCAAUCCUGAACUUCCUUGCCAAUACCUUGCAAACUGCGAACGGUUCUGCCGUCUACGCUGAAGUGCCUGGAUUUAAAAGUCCGUCAAUAAUUGGUGAUACGUAUCGCCCGGAUUUGUUGCUAUCGUUAUCAAAUGGCUCUCUUUAUGUGGUCGAGCUCACUGUUGGCUAUGAGACAAACCUCGAGAACAACGUUAAUCGGAAAAAAGCCAAAUAUAAAGAACUAGUAAAACAACUAGACGAAAAUUUAACGAAGUAA